CGGUGUGCGUCGUAUCCUCUCUCCGGAUCCGUCAUUCGGCUGCGGGUCAUCAUGGAGGAGCAUCAGGCAGCAGUAGCCCACUGAACACACAUCUACAGCCCCACCGCUUUGCCUUCCUGCCUCUAUUAUCGAGCUCGGUACCCACUGACCGGACACUAGCAGCCAAUACCCGAGGGGACAGCCGCCGACAUGAAGCAUUUCCUCAGAGUGCUGACCCAGUUCUUCCUGUUCCUCUACUGUAAAUGUCUGUGGCGGGGCCUCAAGUUUGUUGUCAGGAAGUUUACCGGACGCUGUGAGCUGCAGCGGAUCUGCUACAACAACAAGCAUGGAGCCCGCAGGACCCUAAAGAUAGAGUCGUCCCUGCGGUACUCCAAAAAUGAGCUGCUGCAGUCUGCCCUCAGCGUCCAUCCUGAUAAAGUAGAGAAGACCAUAGACGACAUUAUGGCCUUGAAGAAGAUUAACCCUGACACCAACCCCCAGCUGAGCAUCUCCCUGCAGGCCAGUGUGCUGCAGAUCGUGGGCUACAGGAACCUGGUGGCUGAGGUGGAGAAGCUGCGGAGGGAACCCUACGACUGUGAAAACCCCGACCACGAGGAGAUGCUGAUGAAGCUGUGGAAGGAGCUGCGUCCUGACACGCCUCUGAGCGGACGCAUCUCUAAGCAGUGGUGUGAGAUCGGUUUCCAAGGCAGUGAUCCCAAGACUGAUUUCAGAGGCAUGGGUCUGCUGGGGCUGCACAACCUGCUGUAUUUUGCUCAACAUGACAAGGCCACCGCUCUACAGAUGCUCAAUGACUCCCUGCAACCAAAGCACAAGAGCACACACAGAAAGCCCAGUGAGGUGACCAAACCUGAGUGGGAACAGAAGAACCUGGACAAAGCUAUCGGCUAUUCCUUUGCCAUAGUGGGCAUCAACAUCACAGACCUGGCCUACUCUCUGCUGGUGAGCGGAUCCCUGAAGACCCACCUUUACAAUGUGGCUCCAGAGACGCCCAACCUGCUGCACUUCCAACAGACCUUCUGUUACCUGAUGCAGGAGUUUCACCGUUUCUGGAUUGAGGAGGAUCCCAGUGACAUCAUGGAGUUCAACAGGGUUCGCUCCAAAUUCCACCGGAGGAUCCUGCGGCAGCUCAAGAACCCCGAUAUGGCUCUGUGCCCUCAUUUCUCUGCCUCCGACCUCCACCUGGUCAACCUCUAAACACACCCUCUGAACCUGUGACCCCCACUAUUCCUCCCCUCAACCCCCUCCCAUCAGUCCUUCAUCCCCCUACAGAGUCCUCCCAUGGGUGUCUGUUAGGCCAACUACAAAUCAGAAAGCCCUUUACACUCCAACAAUUAGACACAUCAGGGGAAAUCCUGGUCCUCCUCUACUCAUCCUCUCUUGUCCCAGCUAACGUCAUGUUGCGUCACUGCCAACAGCUUAGUCAAACUCUGCACACACACACACACACACACACGCACACACGCA